UUCUCCGCCCCGCUGGGGGUGGGCAGUGGUGGGGGGUGCUUUCCUGCAGGCAGGGCUGGUGUUCGGGGGGGUGAGGGCACUGGGGCUGUGCCUGGGGGCACUGGGGGGGUCCUUCGGGGCGCAGGCGGGGGCCGUGGCCUGGGUGGGCUCCGCUGCUAUCGCCUCACUGCAGCUGGGGGGUGAGUGGGGCACUGGGGGCGCAGUGGGGGGAACUGGGGACAUUUGGGACGCUGGAGACAUUGGGGGCCUUGGGGGAAUAUUGGGGACAUUCGAGGGACCUUGAGGGGACACUGGGAACGAUGGGGAACAUUGGGGGGCACAGGGGACAAUGGAGAACAUUGGGGGGACAUUGGAGCCAAGGGGGGAAAUGGGAGCAGUGGGGACAUUGGGGUGUCCCGUCCUCACCAGUGAGGAUCUCGGGGGGGGGUGGGGGGGAGAACCACUCCCCCUCCCCGUUUUUAGGACCCCUGGGCAGCGCUCUGAGCACCCGCUAUGGUGCCCGCCCUGUGGUCAUGGCCGGGGGCUUCCUGGCGGGGACGGGUUUCCUCCUGGGGGCCUUCGCCACCCGCCUGUUCCACCUCUACCUCAGCGUGGGGCUGCUGGCAGGCCUGGGCUGGGCUUUGGUCUUCACUCCUUCCUUGGGGGCCGUGAGCCGCUAUUUCCCGACGCGUCGCGCGAUGGCCACCGGCUUGGCCAUGGCGGGUGCCAGUGUCGUGGGACUGGCCCUGGGGCCACUGAUCCCGCUGCUGCUGGACGCCUACGGCUGGCGGGGGUCUCUGCUCCUGCUGGCCGCCCUCUCCUUCAACCUGAUGGUGGCGGGCGCCUUGCUCCGCCCCUUGGAUGCCCCCGACGAGUUCCCACGGCCACCGCUGCCACAUGGCCAAGCGGGAUUGUGUGGGUUGCUGCGUCACGGCCCCUUCCUCCGCUACGCGUUGGCUUUCGUGCUGGUAGAUGCCGGCUACUACGUGCCCCACGUCCACGGGCCAGCCCGUGCCCAAGAAGUGGGGUGUGACGAACGCCGCGCCGGGCUGGUGAUGGCGGUGACGGCGGUGGCCGAUGGCAUCGGGCGGGUGGUGGCCGGUUUGUUGGCCGCCCGCCCCGCCGCCUCCCUGCUCCGUCACCUCUUCGCUUGGUCCGUGCUGACGGGGUUGGCGUUGCUGCUCCUCCCUUUGGGGACGUCUUUUGGGGGUCUCACCGCUUUGGCUUUGGCUUACGGGUUCUGCGCCGGUGCCAUCGUUCCGCUCCAGUUCACCGGCGUGGCCGAGGUGGUGGGAGCCGGGCGGCUGCUGCACGCCAUCGGCCUCAUGCAGAUGUUCGAGAGCGUUGGGUCACUGCUGGGAGCGCCUUUCGCUGGUUGGCUGCGAGACCUGACCGGGGACUUCAGGGUCUCCUUUCUCGCUGCCGGUGCCUUCCUCCUGGCUGGGAGCCUCCUCAUCCUCACCCUCCCCAGCUUCUUCCGCACUUCCCAGAGCGAUGGCGGUAGCACAGAAGGGAUUCCUGACCCGGCACCUAAAGGCCUUGAGCUCCCCUCAGUUCCCCUCUCACCGCCCAAUUAAACCAAUUAAACCUUCACCUCCCACAAAGCUUGGCCUGGGCUGUGUCCCUCCUUCUGUACCCAUGGUGGUGGUGGGGGGAGGUCUGGUUCUAGGUUACCCAACCAGAAGCCCUUUGAGAUGGCAGAUAUGGGGGUUCGGUCUUAGGUUACCCAACCAGAACUCAUUUGAGAUUGCAGCUUUGGGGAUCCGGUUUGAGGUUUCCCAACCAGGACCCUUCUGAGAUAUUAGAUUUGGGGGUUUGGUUCUAGGUAGACAAA